AUGAAUUCAACAAACGAAAAUACGCUCAAUAACGACAAUGACACGACAAACAAUGAAUCUAGAAACUGCAAAACAUUGCUUGAAUAUUCGGAUAAAUUCGAAGAAUAUUUAAAUAAUUCUAAUAUACAUAAAUUUGACCAUCUGCAAUUUAAAAAUAGUGGCAUUGUUGGGAGAGGGGGAUCUGCAAUAGUUUAUAAGGCCACUUACAAAGGAAAGAAUUAUGCAUUAAAAAGUCUAAAUAACAACCUAUUUAUGGAUGAUAAUUCAUUUUACAGAAGCCGUCGUGAGCUUAAAAAUCUUUAUCAAGUUAAUCAUCCUAACAUCAUUAAAUUCUAUGGAAUUAUAAGAGACAAAAUUAAAAAAGAUCUUGAGGAACUAUCAACAAAAACAACACUAGACUUUAUUACAAAUAAAAUAAACCAUUCAAAAAAUUCCGAUAAAGACACUAAACAUCAAUUCACAUCAUCUCCAUCUGGAAACUUGAAUGCUGAUAAUUAUUUAGAAGACAACAAGAACACUUUAUCCAAGGAGUUCAAGAAUAAUCAAGAUAAAUCAAUUACUAUCAGAAUUAAUGAUGAUCUAAGUAAUGAUUUAGUCAUUUCGACACCUACAACACUAAUAAAUGGCGAUGGCAAUGAAAUAAUUAAUAAACAAAUAGAAAACAUAAUAGAUCCACUUGAAACCAUUAUUAAUGAAUAUAAAAUAGAUAUUCAUGACUAUAACGAAUUUACUAAUGUCUCUGAAAUUAGUAAGAAUCUACAUAGCCAAAUAGAACGUGCAACUUGGAAGAAUCGUGGUUUGACAGUUGCUAUAAAAAGUCUAAUAAAAAUUGAAGGUGAAAGUGCUAUUAGGAAUUUUGCAAGAGAGAAAAGGCCGAAUAUCCAAGAAGUAUUCAAAGUUCUUCAGAGUGAACCGCUUAUAAAUAGUCAAAUCCAGAUACAAACUACCAUUGAAUUUAAUGAUGAAGCUAUUCAAAAUAAUCCAGUCCAACUUCAUGAUGAAACACUUUUAUCAAACGUUUACGAGCCUAAAAGAGAUUCUAUUUCAAAUAUUUCGGCCCGGUUACGUGAUGAAGUUUCUUUAUCAAGUAUUCAUGAACCCAAAAAUGAAUCUGAAGAAUAUCUAAUAAAACAAGUGCAUUUCGAUCAUAUUUUUAGAUGGAUUAAUCAAACAUCUAGAAAAGGUUUCAGAAAGAUUUUUCCUAAAAAUUCUUACACCUUCAAGCUACUCAUUAGGGGCAGUCGAGAUGGAUUUACUCCGGCUAGUUUUCAUGACAAAUGUGAUAAUAAAGGACCUACUUUAACUAUCUUAAAAAUUAAAGAUGAAAACAGCAUUUUAGGCGGAUAUAAUCCACUAGAUUGGAAAUCACCAAAAGAAGGAAAACAAUGCAUCACAAAUAAAAGCUUCAUUUUCAAUUUAGAUCUCGAUAAUCCAAAUAAAUCAAUAUUUAACGAAGACAUGUUAUUUGAUAAAAAGGAUAUAAGAGGUGGCGAAUCUAAUAACAUAGCGCAUGAUCUGAAUAAAACAUUGCUUGAAUAUUCAGAACAACUAGAAACAUAUUUAGACAAAUUUAACAUUAAGAAAUACGAUAUCUCGCAAUUUAGUGAUUAUGAAACUGUUGGGAGAGGAGGAACUGCGAUAGUUUAUAAAGCAACCCUACAAGGAAAGAAAUAUGCAUUGAAAAAUUUAAACAGUAACCUAUCUAUGAAUUAUAAUUCGUUCAAGAAGGCAAGACGCGAGUUUAAACUUCUUUACGAGAUUGAUAACCCUAAUAUUGUUAAAUUCUAUGGAAUUUUAAGAGUGGCCAUUAUCUUGGAAAUUUCAAAAAAUCAAAGGGAGAAAAUUAUCCCCAAUACACCUAUAGACUAUAUAGAUUUAUACAGUAAAUGCUGGUCUUCUAAUCCAGACCAGCGUCCAACAUUAGAUAAAAUUAAAAUUGAACUUGAAAAGCUAUCAACAGAAACAACUGUUAAAUUCAUUAUAAAUAACAUUACUACACAUAAUCAACAAGCCAUAUCGCCUUUAACCGAGAACUUAAUUUUCAUAAAUGAUUAUGAUGAAUCAAAUGUGGAUACGGUUGUCGUUGGAUCUACAAGUGGUGAAGAAAAUUCAAAAUUGGAUGCAUCAGAUGUUUUAAUAGACUCUCUUGAAAAAAUAAUUAAUGAAAAUGAAAUAUCUCUUUACGACCAUAAUGAGUUUACUAAUUUUUCAAAAAUUGGCAAGACUAUAGAAAAAGCAUACUGGAAAAAUCGUGGUUUAACAGUUGCUCUAAAAAGUUUAAAAAUUGAGGGUGAAAAUACUAUUGAAAACUUCUCUAGAGAGGUAUAUAAUCUAUUCUAA